AUGACAUUGCUGUACACUAACGGGUCAAUGUUUGAGUUUGCGUCCAUAGACUAUUCUCCAGCUGAGGUUCCCUAUUUCGAUGAAGCUCGAGACCCAGGCUCGCUGAUCUCCGAAACAUUGUGCCUGAAGAAGCCUAUCGCGGUUGAGUCAAAGGUCGCCUGUGAGGCACGCGCUUGCGCGGUCCAAGAGAUGCGGAUGCUCAAUCGCACCAACAUCCUGCAAAUCGAUAAACGCUCUAUCUUCAAGAGCAACUUUACUCCCGAAGAAAUAGCAUUCCAGGAGAUCGCCAAGGGUUUAACCUUAGCAACGGCUGGCAACCGCAAUAGGAGAUCCGUCGACACUACGGACUCCAGCGGUAUUAUCGAGCACUGGCUAUUGGAUCCUAAUCUCAGCUCCUACGAAGCCGACAUUGACCCCGACAGGAGGGAGCCCGAGCCCCUUCAAUGGGUUGAUCUUAGCACAGUGCCGAUUGCAGUCUUCAACCAACGUUUGGAGAUGGCGAUCAACACUUACUGGGACAUCACACUCGGUGUAACAUUGCGCAAGGGAAACUUCACAAGAAUUCAAGCGGCCGACUUCGAAUGGUUUAGUGGGAGGUUUCCUAGCUUAAGCUACACUUGGAACACGACCAGCACCCACAACGUCCAACAUGCGGACGAGCGAUACAUCUGUCAUUUGUGGUUUGCAAUCAUUACCAUUGCAAUCAGUAUGUUCCUUGUGGCAGCCGCAUUGGUGGCUCUGAUUCUGGGUAUCCUCACCAAAGCCCCCGAUACAUUGGGCUACGUCUCUACAUCGGCGCGCGACAAUCCAUAUGUGACCACACACGUUGCAUCACAUAUCGAUGGGCUUGAAGCUGCGAAAGCGCUGCGAAAAGUACGUAUCAGGAUUGGAGAUGUGAACAUGGCGGCGGAGGUUGGACAUGUGGCAUUCGCCUCGGUGGAUAUGGGGCCCGGAGAAGUCUCAAGAAAGAGGCAGUACGAUUGA